AUGUCUGCUGCUAGGUGAACUCAGAGGCUUGGAUUUUGAGGAGUAUGUGUGUGUGUGUCUGUGUUUCUUUGUCGUUGUUCAAAUAAACCAUAUAUAACUCAAUGAUGAUUUCUAUAAAAUCUUUGGUUCAACUAUCCAAUUGGUGGUAACAGCCACUUUGGACUUGUUGCCUAUGUCAUCCCAAACUCAAAUGUAUGUUAUUGUCAGCCAGCAAGAGGUAUGUCGCCCCUUGGAAAGCAACCAAAGCUUUUCACCACGUAGGUGUAAUAUAGCAGUCGAAUGACAAAACGUUGUUAUUGCUUCAGGGAGAGAGGUGCACUGUACAUUACAUCAACAUAUGGAACUGAUAAAAAUAAACACUGUACAUAUCAGAGCCUUCAUAUUGUGAAUACUUACAAAAGUCUGUCCAUAUAACCCAAUACACUGACUGUGGACGUGGCUGGUCUGCAUCCUGCAUCCAGAAAACACAACCCACACACAUACCAGAGUGUGUCUCCCUCUUCAUAAAUAUUUCUCUACCCUUAUGAUCAUUACUGUUUGGUGUGAUACUGCCUCUCUAAGCGUUUUGGAGGCAUGUCGUGACAGUGCUGCAUCACCCUGUCUGCCAACUCUCAGUCAGUGUGCAAUUUGGACAAACACACUGGCUGUGCCACUCUCCCCCGCACAGCACCACCGUGGUUCACUAGGAAUGCUCUCUCUCUCUACCCCAGCACAGCGCCCAUGGACUUCCACAGGAUGGCUGAGUCAUGGCCUUUAAGUUACAGCCAGAGCCAGCCCCAUGCCCAUAUCAGCACCAAACUGCCUGGGGUCUCUGUCACAGUGUCGCCAUGAUGCCACUGUCACCAGAUGUGAAACAAGCAAUAAACGCUUAAACACUUUCUCCCACCUAAAUAGCAUUCCAUGAUCUAUGACUUGCAGUAGAGUUGAUGUGUAUCAAGAGGGUUUGGCCUGCCCCAUCAUGGCAGUUUCAUGUUAGCUUAGGUAUUCCUCACAGAGAUCCAGUUAUUCUCUGUGGAGACUGGGGCAGCUGUGCUUCCUCUGUGGUGCCACGUGUGAGAAGCCCUCUCCAUACCAGUCUCAACCCUCUCAGCAGUCUGUGGUGAAGCCCACAGCCAGGCCAGCUGUUCUGGUGCACUUUAUGAGAUAGGCUCUUGGGUAUUUAAUAGACCUAGUUUGUGAAAUAACUGCCGACUGGUAUCCCUCAGCUUAUUAGAGGAAAAGUGAUGCUAUGUGCUUCUCUGAGAGUGACCAGAUGCCCUUGUAGCAAGGUAUCGUGAUUUCCCAGAGUAGAUCAGGUUUUGUUUUUUAAUGGUGUUAUUUUUCCAGAGUGUUUGAAGCUAUUGGCGAUGCUACAGGCCACAGACGGACACCAAGCUCUUUAAAGUGGGAACACAUUUCUUCUCUUCUGCCUUUUGUUAAAAGUCAGUCUUCUCUGUGAAAUGUGUGGCAGUGCCUAAUCUCUAAUGUGUCUAGAGAUGAGGCACUGCCAGGCAGCCGGGUGCCCUCCCUUCCCUGACUAAAUAACCUCCAUUCUUCAAAUCAAUCAUGCUGACUGGCCUGGUGAAAUUGCUUUUUUAUCCCCAAAAUGCCUGGAAGCUCUUGUCAAAGCCAGGGUAAAGAAAAUGAUUUUGACCGCAGCUGUCUGGAGGAAGAGCUGCUGUCCUCAUGAUAGGAGUUGGUUGAUGUCCUAUGAGGAUGUUGGGGGAGUAAUGGGGGUGGGGGUGUUUUAACUCACCUUGUCCGAAGAGCAGCCAAACAUCCACGUGUGCACACACUCAUUCAUUUAUGUCAUGGCACUAUGCUCUUAGUACUCUGAUCCUCUAUCAUCCAUAGUAUCAGGUGUUGAAUUACCUAACUGUGCUCUCUUGUUCACUUCCAUUGUUCCACACAGGAGCAAACUACUGAAGCACUUUCCUGUCUCUUCUCUGUCUUUUUCUUAUCCUCUUUGGAACUGCACUGUAUAAUAGACAUCUUUUUUAAAUGAUAAUGGAAAAGCAACCGAUUUUGGGACCAGUUCCACCACCUAUAGAUCCCAGUGUGUGUGUCUAACUGUGAUGUACUGCAUGUGUGUUUCUCUCUGCAGAGACGUGUGCAGUGAACAACGGUGGCUGUGACAGCACGUGUCAUGACGCGGUGACAGGAGUCCGCUGCAGCUGUCCUGUAGGCUUCACUCUCCAGCCAGACCGCAAGACCUGCAAAGGUAACCUAACACACACAGCCAGUCUCCCUCCCUCACCUCUCAUCCUCUCAAACAGCAACUAUCCACCUGUCAAUUACAUGAUCUCCACCCCUUUCACAUUGUCAAUCAUACAGUCUCCCAACUUCUCACACUGUCAGUCACAUACAAUGUGUUAUCACUACUCACUAGACUUAACCCACACUUUGUCCUUCAUGUUCUAAACCGUAUUAUUCUGUCAGUCACCCAAGCUCCACAAUGUUACAGUACCAGUUAAACCUGUCAAUCAUUAUUUUCCUUCCUAAACUAUCCACUGAUUCUUUCUAUAUUUUCCCUUUGAUCUAUCUUGCUGGUUCCUAAGCUUUUACUGGCCUCCCUCCAGCCCCCACAGCCCUCCAUACACAUUGUGUCCACCCACACACACACACACGGUGGCCAUGGAGAGCAGGGACCUGACACUCUAAUCAGAGAUGCAUUGUGGGCUCGUUGAGGCGUGUAGGACUGCUGCUGUCUGGUUCCCCAGUGGCGACUGACCUCGCCUUGCCACCCUGCUCUGCCUCAUCCCCUCUGUCUCAUCGGCUGCCUCUGCCUCUGUCACAACUCUCACAUUGGGAUGGAGUGGAGAGUUGAGGUCUAAUGAUGCCAACACUUCAACACUGUAUAUAGUCGAAUGACCCUGCUGUUCUGGGUACUGCUUUGGCAGCAAAUCCGUUUGUCAAGGUACCCAUAUGCUGUUGCUGCUGUCAAACACAAAUAGCUUGAUAUCCUCACAAUUUAUCAAAAGCUGUUCUUAAUUUAUACAAACAAGAGCAUGGGAGUAAGAACGGUUUAGAUUAGGAGUACAUUUCAGGGAGAUAAUAGCAAAGAGACAGAGCGAGAGAGAGAGAGAGCGAGAGAGCGAGAGAGAGAGAGAGAGAGAGAGAGAGAGAGAGAGAGAGAGAGAGAGAGAGAGAAGAGCUCGGUGGAGAAACUCAAGACUGUUGAUGCUGCCAAAAAGCCUAGAAUAGGAGUCUGCUUCCCCUUCAGUGCUCAUAACUUUACGCUAACAACUCUGAUAAAAGUACAUUGGGUUUAUUAGUUUGGUUUGAGAGGAAAGAAAAGGAAAACAACCUCAGACAGCACUGGCAAGAGAAAACAGAGGCCCGCUGCGGGCAAGGGACCUCUCAGGGGGGAGAGACAAAGAGAGAGACAGGAGAGUAUUAUUAUUUUAUUCAAUUUCUGAUGCAUUUAUUUUAACCAGAUGAUGUACUGAACUCUCCCUCAAGAGACGGAUGCCUCAUUUACAAUGAUGAUUCAGAGUAAAUCUGAUCGAAGCUGCUUGGCCAAGUCCCGAUCAAAGCCCGGGUGAGCCAUAUGAUGUAUUGAUUUGUUAUUGACGAUGAAAAGAAUGGUCGAGCUGUGGUCGGUCUGUGCUGAGACAUAGUUCUCCCCUGGCUGUCUCUGUAAGGGCUGUGAUCUAUUCUAACCACAUACAGACCCAGAUCAUACCCAUCCCAGAUCUAAGGAGAAAUCCUUAGUGCACUUUCCCUGUGCAUCUCUCUCUUCUCUCUCUGGGAUGGAUCUCCAGUCAGCCGUGUGGAUCAUCAUCCUCUACUUAACACCCUGACUGCUCUCGACUGCUAGGCCCCAGAGUCAUCCAUCACACAUACAUAUUUCAGCCCUCAAACGUACACCAGCAAACGUACACAGCAGGACAAGAUAUCUCUAAAGCCUCCGCUCACUCUCGCUCCACGUUCACUAAGCUCUCUCUCUCUCUCUCUCUCUCUCUCUCUCUCUCUCUCUCUCUCUCUCUCUCUCUCUCUCUCUCUUGCACUUUCUCUUGUUCUUUCUCUCUCUUCCUGUCUGUGCGUUGAAGUGAGUUUUCUACUGUAUGUGUUUUCUGUCCUCAGACAUUGACGAGUGCCGCCUGAACAACGGGGGAUGUGACCACGUGUGUCGGAACACAGUGGGCAGCUUCGAGUGCAGCUGCAAGAAGGGCUACAAGCUGCUGACCAAUGAGAGGACUUGCCAAGGUAGGCAUAGAAAACAGCCAUAACAAUACUCUAUCAUACUGCUCAUGAUCCAAUGUCCCAGUGGCUACUGCCUGUUCUGUGUGCCCUUCACCUAAUGACAUAGAUUUAGAUGGUUAUGAGUUAGGCAGGUUUAUUCACCCUGUUACUGAGGUGAAUGGGAAGGUAAUAGCAUUGUCGUGAUAAUAAUAAGUCGUCUUCCUCCUCCCAAAUUGUUUUGGCUUCAGCUCGCUGAGAGGAACUGCCAAACCAGGCCUCUCUCUAGCUUGUUUGUUUCUAAGAUUUGGUGGUAGCCAUAGCUCAGCGGGAGCCGGGGGAGCCAGCCGCAGAGCAAAUAAAGAGUUUGCCAUGCAGGCCUACUACUACAGGUGUGGAAUAAGAGCUCCAAGUCUAAAAAACCUCUGGGUCUUGACUUGGGCAAACCAUCCCCCUCCCAAACAUCUGGCACUGCUGGGAAGAGAAGCCAAGGCAAGAACUAUGGAACCAUGGAACUAUGGAAAUUAGUGGAAAAACAGAUGAUGUGCCUUUUAUUCUCUCUCUGUAUUGAUGUGGUCAAUCAGUAUCAAGGCUGGUACAUAUCAGCGACAUGCCUUGGGCUCAACAUUGAAACACAGCAUCCUAAACAUGUACAUCUAUCCAAAGUAUGGGCAUUUAAAGUGUAUGUUGUCCAACUCACUGUAAAGAGACCAACUGUUUCUGUAAUUGAACUUGAGAACUUGUAAAGGUACAUCAAUCUGACUAUUUGGGGGUCAGCUCUUUCUCUCCUCAUUUGGAAUCUAUCUAAAUAAUGCUGUCAUUUGGCACAUGCUUUUAGCCAAAGCCUCUCACAUUUAACACAAACAAUAUGACCCAAGGGAGAAUUGAAAACACAUCUUUAAUGUUCCUAUAGCACUUCCCAAAAACCAAUUCAGCCACAUGGUCUUGGGAAUAUUCCAAGCUGAGAGGAGGAGGGUGGUGUUGUGUUGUAUGUGAGUGGGGCUACUUGGGAACAGUGUUGAGAUUGUUAGGAACAGUUUGUUUUGUCUGCAGAGUAGGGGUGUUGAUAAAACUGGCCUCCAGUUGAGUGAGGCGUUGUCAAGCCAACAUGCUCGGCGGCACCCCUGUGCUACACUACACCUCACUACACCACACCACACUACACCACACUACACCACACCACACUACACCGCACAACAACACACCACACUACACUACACCACACCACACUACACUACACACACUACACACCACACUACAACACACACUACAACACACCACACUACACUACACCACACCACACUACAACACACCACACUACACUACACCACACUACAACACACUACACCACACCACACUAUACUAUACCACACUACACUACACUACAACACACCACACUACACCACACUAUACUAUACCACACUACACUACAACACACCACACUACAACACACCACACCACACUACACCACACUACACUACACUACACUACACUACACCACACCACACUACACCACACUACACACCACACUACACUACACUGUACACUGAUCCGUCUAGUCUACUCUUCCUCAUGCUCCUAUCCCACCAUCCCUUGCUCCGUGCCAACUGAAAAGAAGUAGAGAGAGCACGCCCAACAAUAAAAGCUUAAUUUCUCUAAAUUGCUCUCCGGUUGGUGCAGCUGGUAGGGUAAUUCUGGGUGUUUUCUACAUGUAGGUGGCAGACUGACUGACUCACUAACUGACUGGGCCAUGGAAGGGAGCCAUAGGUUUCAGCAGGUCUAUAGUGUGACUCUAGUUGACUGUUGGCUUUACAGUGCUUCUGAUUCCCCCCUCUUAUUUUAUUUAAUGAGAUGUUUUGCCCGUCAGGAUAUCAUGUUUAGGUAGUCCCACAUGAUCAUACAGUAUUUCCAUGACAGGUAACUGCCUGGGAACCUCAGUGUUUUCAGCCCAGCACCAGCCACUUGGCUUUUGCUCAAUGACUUCUUAUAUGCAGCAGACAGACAGCAGACAAAACAUCACACCACCACAAGCACCACAGAGUAUCACAGCAGAACGGGCUUAUGGGUGAAUAUACUGCUUGGCCAUUUUUUCUUAGCUGUGUUUUUCAUGCAGAUAUUUUUUUGAGUGGACAAUGUCCUAAGAUCAACAGCAAUUUACUCAUUCUUAGGUAAGUGGUGUGUGGUCAGCACUUUCUCAGGCCCAGCUGGGUGACUGUUGCAUGCUAGCUGAGAUCUGGCCAACUGGCCAUUGUUAUUGGGAAGUUUGGGGUGCAAAAAGGAAGAAGGAAAUGUGGUGAGCAUAAAGCUAAAUAACACUUUUAUCUACACUACUUAAAGCCAGUGCCAUGAGUGAAUAAAAGAGCUAUAAACUCAAUCAUAAUAUGUCCUGCCUUAUCAGAGAUGUGGUUGUGCUGUAACAUUCUGUAAAAAAAUGACCUACUACAGUACACAAAGUGCAUAGUACAGUGUUGGGAUAUAUAAACUGAACAGUCAGUAUUUCCCAGCUGUCAGCGGCCCACGCGUGGCCCAUCAAUCAAGACGUGACAUGUCUGUCCCAGCCAGGUCCAGGGCCUGGAGGCAUUCCUUACCCCUUCCUCCCCCCUAUCCUCCCCCAUCCCCUGCUGAUCCCAAUGAGGGCAUGGUGGGAGUGUCCUUAUCAGAUCCUACUAGGUCUCCCCCAGAAGGAGCAUCACUGAUAAAGGCCUUAUCUACUCUGUGUAAACAGCCUUGGCCAGGCAUUGUUUCACCAUUCUAUUGUUGUAACAUUUAUUUGUUCUGAAGGAUUGUUAUUUUGUGUAACUGAGGGGGGAAGAGGAGGUGAUGGGGUGAGUCGUAGGCCAGUCUGGGACACUGUGAGUCUGCUACGGAGGAGGAUUGUCGAAAGAAACCUGUGGCCUUAGGUUUUUUAAUUUUCAUCUUUCUCUUUCAAUCUUACACUGUAAGGGCGAUAUGUCUGCCAUAAAUAACACACUUACAGAAAUGUGAGAUUGUUCAGAUUGAAGGGCAAGACGAGGGUGUUUCUGUCUGUAUUCUAUUUAAAAACAGCAGCCACUGUUCUUUCAGUGUGUCCCUCAUCUCUGGUCCCGUGGCCCCUUGCACGUACAUGGGCCUCUAGCGCUGCCAACCCCCGCAUACCUCACCGUACCUGCUGGUAAACAACAACCAUAGUCCCAGGUAUCCUGACACAUCCAAGCCCAUCCCUUGCUUUGUACAGUGCAGUACAAUACAACGCUGCAGGUUUCUUCUUCCCAUUGAAUCCUAUUGAUCAGAGAUGAAUAGACUAUGUCCCAGCAGCAAAGCAUGUCCCAGUCAACACCAGUCCUGAGAUGGUGGCUAGCAUCCCAAUAUCCCAGAGGAGUGCCUUCAAACAAAACAAAUGAUGCUAGUUCAUUUCUAUUUUUGACUGGAGUUGAGAGCUCAGUAAAAGUUAGCUUUAUUUAGCACCAAAAUAAUAAACCAAUGUGGUAAUACAUCAAACUCAUCAUCUCUCAUUUCUCAGUGGCCCAGUGUUAAACAGUAACACUAUAAGAUUCCAUUCAAGUUAUUGUGAAAGUGAGUUCACAAAGUGAACAUAAAGUGGAGAUCACUUCCACUUCUUUAGUUGGAUGAAUAUCUACUCUUUAUGCCAAGUUGCCUUUUAGGGUUUUUUGAAAUGUUCGACAUCACCCUGUAUUCCUCCUGAAACACUGAAGAUAGGUGUUUAAUCUCAACCCAAUCCCACUUCUUUCGUUGGAGGUGUUGUCACAAGAGGCUUGCCAAAACUCCUUGGUUGUGUCUCAAAUGGCACCCUAUUCCCCAUAUAAUGGCACCCUAUGGGCUCUGGUCAAAAGUAGUGCAAUAAUAGGAAAUGGUGUGCCAUUUGUGACGCAUCCCUAGACUAGUAGCUUCUCUCUCAAGGCUGGACAGAGUUCAAUGGUAUAAGGGAUUACACCUCACAUACGAACAUAUGGGGAUGUCCACUGUGCUAAAAGGUAAAAAGAGAAAGAAAAAUCCCUAUAUUGCAGCUGACAAAGUUAAGAUAUUCCUUCUGGUUUUUGGUAACCCAGUAUUUUUUUGCUUUAGCAGUAUUCCUAUAAUUGCCAUGUAAUGUAUACUAUCAAACCAUUAUCAUCCUUUUGAUGUUGGGCUGACAGUGCCUUAAUGUCAGGUAAGACAAGGUUCAGGAUGGGGAGAAUAUAGACUAUGAAAUGCCUGGGAACCUCCCUACCUUUUCUAUCCUUUUCAAUUUAGCCAAUUAAAUGUCCAGUAAAGAUGUAACUAGGCCCCGUUCUCUCCAGUUCCCAGCUCUCUUCUCUGUAGAAGCUGUCUGGACUUGACAUAUGUAAUUGCUGACAUUUAAACAUCGGAUAGUAGGCUACCGAACCCAAAUGUCCUCCACAUUACUUCCUGUAUUAUUUUAAUGGUCUCAGCCAGGGUUCCAUUGUAUUCACAGGCAUGGAGAGUGAUAUUAGAGGUACAUGUAUGAGAGUCCAGUGGUGUUCCAAUUAUCUGAUAAAGACAGGCAGGGAAUAAGGAUAGAGGAGGUAACAAUAGACAGGAAGUUAUUAUUGUGCACCCAGUGCAAGGUGGUGGGGCUGGGAGGCAGGGGUCAGGGUCAGGGAAGAUGGCUGGAGAGCUUCUUUAGACAGACAGAUUCAUGACCCUUUCUGGUCUCACGUUACAGCAUAUUCCUAGAUAAGCAGGACUGCUUCUCAGACAAAUGAUUUCCACAGAACACAAUAAUGAGACAUUUGAGAUAGUGAGACAGAGAGAAGUUUCAUUAAAUGGUUAUUUUUUAGUGGACGAAACAGUGGUAUAGUGAAAUGAUUGACAGGUAAUUUGGGAAUUGAAAAAUGGCCCAAAGCUCCUGUUAUCAGUAGGUGAAACAGUCUUGCUACUGCUCAGACUAGCAACCAAUGUCUCAUACCAAACAAAAUGAUAUUCAAUUUAAAAAACAUUAUUUAUUUAUUUUCUUGGGUCCCAUUUCAAAUUAUUUAUAAUCCAAGUUGUCAUAAAUAGAUUUGUUUAUAUUAUAAAAUCUCAAAUGAGUUUUGAGAAGUUGUGUAAGUGAAUAAUGUGAACUCAUACCUGUCUCUCUGUAUAUUCCCCCUCUUCCCAGACAUUGAUGAGUGUUCUUUUGACCGGACGUGUGACCAUUCCUGCGUCAACUCCCCCGGCAGCUUCCAGUGCUUCUGUCAUAAAGGCUAUGUUCUCUACGGUCUGGCACAUUGUGGAGGUGAGGUGACACUUAUUCCCCCUCUCCACGUCUCUGUGCACCAUUACUCACCCAGUCCACCUCACUUUCUCUAGAAACCACACCUUCCUGCUAAGUUAUCCCUAAUAAUGUGAAUCUUCAUGAUCAUUACUUCAGCUAGCUUUGUAACCUGUUUGUAUGGCUCCCUAGUUCAUAUUGCUUACCAGACCAGUCAGUCUAAUGCUAGCAAUCCCGAGGUGGAGGAAGACUGACACGUUAGCCUUGAGUAGUACACAGUAGCACACAUGACUCCACCUGUUGCACUUAAACAAACAAUUAUUAUAAGAGGUAUGUGCUUGAUGCUGUGGUAAAGUUGUUGAUCUAUUCCAGUGUGGUAGAGAUAAAGGAGGCAGUCUCAUGUUCCAGGCGGCUGGUGUGUGCCAGAUCUGCAGGGUAGAGAGAGAGGGGGGCCCGUUUGAGCGCAUCAGGCUGUUUCAGCGGCCCUUUCAUGGUCUGUGUAUCACGACUCUGAAUCUGCUGCUGGCUUCAGAGCCUGAGGGCCUCUCAGAGGAGGUGUAGGUUAGAAGAGAGAGAGAGAGAGAGAGGGGGUGCAGAGUAUACAAAAGUCACUCUCUCUAUGAUCUGACAGAAGUGACAAGAAAAAUAAGCAGAGAGAGAGAGAGAGAGAGAGAGAGAGAGAGAGAGAGCGAGAGAGCGAGAGAGAGAGAGAGAGCCUACUGUAUGUACACACCCAACACAUAGCUUUGCAAUUAUUUAUUCUCCAUUCUUGUUCGUUUUGACAGGUCUACCAAUGCAGGAAUGUUAUGAUAGCAUAUUUCCAGGACAUGGAAUGUGGUAAUAUGUGUGAAUUAGAGGGAUCGAGAGGGCAGGAAAAUUGCCUGGCAUAAGAGUUGUGUUUGUAUCUGUGUGCCAUUGUAGAGUCCUCCUAAUGAUGAAUGACUCUCCCCUCCCUCUUACCUCCUAGUCUAUGCUGUCGGAACUGUUAGAUAACCCUGAAAUGUAUGUUGCUUCCCCUGCACCUCCUCUUCUACAGCAGUGACCAAGGUUGUCUUAUUCCCCGCCAUAGCUUAUCAGUUGAAAUAUAGCUGCCAAACACUCCAGAGACUGCUGCUCAGUGCUUAACAAUGGACUCACCCCAAACAACCCCUAUAAGGUCAGUGACCUGCUGUCAAGGAAGUGUGGAGGCCUGUCAUCACUGGCUUCAGCUGACAUCUGAGAGAGACUUUCCUGACUGAGACAUUCUCUUCCAAGCCAUUAGGAAAACGACAUGUUAGAGUUACACUGUGGCGUUAAAGUGAGAGGCAUGAUAUGAGGUGGCACGCUAGUAGAUAGAUCUGAAUGAAUCAUCUGAAUAAAUCAAUAUGUUGUUUACAUAAAACCAAGUUGAUAUUUGAUCAUUAAGAAACAAUUUUAUGUUCUAUUUGACUCGGUUACAAUCACGUGAUAAGCAUUGAGCAGACUUAUGAAGACAAGAAAGGUCCCAAAGAACCUAUCUUUGAGACAAGGUACCCCAUUAUAGCUAACAGCCCUAGAUCUGUGCUCUACAGACGUGGUGCUCUCUGUCUACUGUUGACCUUCACAGUCAAACUGUGAUUAGCCUAUUCUACAGCCUCUCAGUCUCACCGGAGUCUGGGGCAGAAGAAUGUGUGUCUGCGUGUCAGGGAGAUGACAGGUAUUGAUGUCUAUUGAAGAAAGCAAGAGCCGCCGGCUGAGCUAGCUUAUUUUCAUAUUUAUUUUUGUUCCCCCCUGGAAUUGGAGUAAUGCCUUCGACACUAGCGGAUGAUAGCAGCCACAUACAAUUUUCAGCAUGCAUGCCAAUCUGAAAGUAUUUUUCUUCUCUCUCUUUGACUCUCCCUCCUUAUGUUCCUGUCCCACAUUGGCCUCUGGGAUACAUGAGUUGAUUUCCUCUGAGCAUGCAGAAACAGAAACAGACAGAGCUAGCUCUAGAGAUGGGUUGAUAAAAGUAUACUCAAAGUCUAUUCACAUUUCAAGCUUGUGAAGAAUAAGAGAAAAAAGAAACUUUGGUUGGCAUAGAGAAGUGAAUCUCUCUCCAUCUCCCUCUCUCUAUUAUUUAAAUGGAGUUCUUCAAUAUGUUCAGACUUAAGACAAGUUGUUUGACAGACUGAUGCAUCUCCUUUGCAUUGAGCGGAGCUGGCAACUCAACACCAGCCAAACACUUUUGAUGAAGUCAUCAUCUCUAUCGUGGGAGAGAGCAGCGGAGGCUCGCAGACUGUUUUUAUUCACGCCGUACGGAACAGGGAUGAACAUUUUCUAUCAGCAGGCCACAUCAUCAAUCACUGUCAUUAUCUGUGUUCCUCUGCUGGUGUCCUUGUCACUUAGCCUGGCUGAGCGCUCAGCCCCGAGCCACACCGCCUUGCCUUGUCCCCUUCAUCACACUAAUAAUGUAAUUUUCUAGGCAACCUCCAUCUGGUUCCUGUAUGGUUUGAGUGGUUUUGGUUUCUGUGUGUUAAAAAGUGAUUAUAAUUUACUCCUAUCUGGCUCUGCAAAGUCCCUCCAAAUGUUAUUAUUCCCAAAGAGAGUGAGCUUUGGUGGAAGAGAAGUUGAAGUUCCAACCAAGGGGAAAUGCAGAGCAGUGAUAUCACAUGCCCUGGAUUAGACUUCAAAUGAGCAGUCAGCCCGGUUUACCAUAACACACAUUCAUCUUCUGUAGAAGUGAUCACUGACAGUAGAAUUGACCUCACAUAAAUUCUGUUCAUGUGCAGCUGUCAGAAACUGUUCAUUUGCAGCUGUCAGAAACUGUUGAUUUGCAGCUGUCAGAAACUCUGUUGAUUUGCAGCUGUCAGAACACGUUCUCUUUUGUUUCUUUCGAUUAUUCUCUCUCAUCUAUCAUGAUAGCUCCGUUAUAUUGAUGCAACCAGGUUUACGGAGUGAGUGAGUGUUUGUGCAUAUGUCUAUGCGUUUGGUGUGUUUUGGAUUUCCACUCAUAUGAGUGUGGGGCAGCAAGUAGCCUAGCGGUUAAGAGUAUUGGGACAGUAACCAAAAGGUUGCUGGUUCGAAUCCCUGAGCUGACUAGGUGAAAAAUCGGUCUAUGUGCCAUUGAGCAAGGCACUUAACCCUAAUUUUUCCUGUAAGUCGCUCUGGAUAAGUGUCUGCUAAAAUGUAAAAGAGUGUAUUGGACUCUGUGUCUAGACAUACAUGGUCAUAACGCUCUGUUUCCCUUUGCAGAUAUUGAUGAGUGCAGUAUAAACCGCGGUGGCUGUAAAUAUGGCUGUGUCAACACUCUGGGCAGCUACGAGUGUACCUGUCCACCUGGAUACAAGCUUCACUGGAACAAGAAGGACUGCAUUGGUAUGUAACAACACCGCCACCCAGUGGUCAGAAGAUAGAAACAUUGGUUUGGUUCCAAGUCAUGGAAAGGAUGGUGUAAUUAAAGCGGAAAUGUGUAACUUUUUGGGCGACCUGACCAAAUUCACAUAGAAAUAAGAGUUAUAGAUCUGUCAUUCUCAUUGAAAGCAAGUCUAAGAAGCGGUUAUUGAAAAUAUAUUUCACAGCGGUUUAGAUGGUACAAUGAUUCUCUACACUAUUAAUUGCUUUUUUUGUCACGUAAACUGAAAUUAGGCAAACUAUUCAUAUGCAAUAUGCGAUUUCUGCAUAUUGCACCUUUAAAGAGUAGUGUAUGAUUGUGUGAUGUUGUUUUUAUGUUCAUCCAGAGCUGGUGAAAUGUCUGACUGGCCUAGCUCCCAAGACCACUCUGACCUGCAGUAAAACGGGCAAGAAAGAGAGCUGCUCCCUCACCUGUGCCUCCAAGGCUCACUAUCUGGCAGGUAGUGACAUCCACAUACAAUAAGUCCAUUCACAUUGCUGCAGCUCUUAUUCUCUUAAAGUGAUAUGCUAUUAUUGAUUUGAAUUACUUCUGACUGAAGCUGUAACGAUAUGUUUCAUCCUUUGCAGAAUCUGACAGCAGCUAUACAGUGAGCUGUGGCAUCCCCAUCCUUCGAGGCAAAACCCCAGCCAGACUGAACACAAGCAGCAGUCAGAGCUGCAUAGGUACGGUGUCCCACAGAAACAGACUCAUUCUUAGGACUUUGGUAGAAGGUUGUGUCUGGAGUUAGGGUUAGGGAUAGGGCUAUAUCUGGAGCUAGGGUUAGGGAUCGGGUUACAUCUGGAGCUAGGGUUAGGGAUCGGGUUACAUCUGGAGCUAGGGUUAGGGAUAGGGUUACAUCUGGAGCUAGGGUUAGGGAUAGGGCUAUAUCUGGAGCUAGGGUUAGGGAUAGGGUUACAUCUGGAGCUAGGGUUAGGGAUAGGGCUACAUCUGGAGCUAGGGUUAUGGAUAGGGCUACAUCUGGAGCUAGGGUUUGGGAUAGGGCUACAUCUGGAGCUAGGGUUAGGGAUAUGGUUACAUCUGGAGCUAGGGUUAGGGAUAGGGUUACAUCUGGAGUUAGGGUUAGGGAUAGGGUUACAUCUGGAGCUAGGGUUAGGAAUAGGGUUACAUCUGGAGUUAGGGUUAGGGAUAGGGUUACAUCUGGAGCUAGGGCUAGGGAUAGGGUUACAUCUGGAGCUAGGGUUAGGGAUAGGGUUACAUCUGGAGCUAGGGUUAGGGAUAGGGUUACAUCUGGAGCUAGGGUUAGGGAUAGGGUUACAUCUGGAGCUAGGGUUAGGGAUAGGGUCACAUCUGGAGCUAGGGUUAGGGAUAGGGUUAGGGAUAGGGUUACAUCUGGAGCUGGGGUUAGGGAUAGGGUUACAUCUGGAGCUAGGGUUAGGGAUAGGGUUACAUCUGGAGCUAGGGUUAGGGAUAGGGUUACAUCUGGAGCUAGGGUUAGGGAUAGGGUUACAUCUGGAGCUAUGGUUAGGGAUAGGGUUACAUCUGGAGCUAGGGUUAGGGAUAGGGCUAUAUCUGGAGCUAGGGUUAGGGAUAGGGCUAUAUCUGGAGCUAGGGUUAGGGAUAGGGCUAUAUCUGGAGCUAGGGUUAGGGAUAGGGUUACAUCUGGAGCUAGGGUUAGGGACAGGGCUAUAUCUGGAGCUAGGGUUAGGGAUAGGGAUAUAUCUGGAGCUAGGGUUAGGGAUAGGGUUACAUCUGGAGCUAGGGUUAGGGAUAGGGUUACAUCUGGAGCUAGGGUUAGGGAUAGGGUUACAGCUGGAGCUAGGGUUAGGGAUAUGGUUACAUCAGGAGCUAUGGUUAGAGAUAGGGUUACAUCUGGAGCUAGGGUUAGGGUUAGGGAUAGGGUUACAUAUGGAGCUAGGGUUAGGGAUCGGGUUACAUCUGGAGCUAGGGUUCGGGAUAGGGUUACAUCUGUAGCUAGGGUUAGGGAUAAGGUUACAUCUGGAGCUAGGGCUAGGGAUAGAGUUACAUCUGGAGCUAGGGUUAGGGAUAGAGUUACAUCUGGAGCUAGGGUUAGGGAUAGGGUUACAUCUGGAGCUAGGGUUAGGGAUAGGGUUACAUCUGGAGCUAGGGUUAGGGAUAGGGUUACAUCUGGAGCUAGGGUUAGGGAUAGGGUUACAGCUGGAGCUAGGGAUAGGGAUAGGGUUACAUCUGGAGCUAGGGUUAUGGAUAGGGUUACAUCUGGAGCUGGGAUUAGGGAUAGGGUUACAUCUGGAGCUAGGGUUAGGGAUAGGAUUACAUCUGGAGCUGGGGUUAGGGAUAUGGUUACAUCUGGAGCUAGGGUUAGGGAUAGGGUUACAUCUGGAGCUAGGGUUAGGGAUAGGGUUACAUCUGGAGCUAGGGUUAGGGAUAGGGCUACAUCUGGAGCUAGCGUUAGGGAUAGGGUUACAUCUGGAGCUAGGGUUAGGGCUAUAUCUGGAGCUAGGGUUAGGGAUAGGGUUACAUCUGGAGCUAGGGUUAGGGACAGGGCUAUAUCUGGAGCUAGGGUUAGGGAUAGGGCUAUAUCUGGAGCUAGGGUUAGGGAUAAUAAUAAUAAUAAUAAUAUGCCAUUUAGCAGACGCUUUUAUCCAAAGCGACUUACAGUCAUGUGUGCAUACAUUUUUACGUAUGGGUGGUCCCGGGGAUCGAACCCACAACCCUGGCGUUACAAGCUCCAUGCUCUACCAAUUGAGCUACAGAGGACCACGGGAUAGGGUUACAUCUGGAGCUAGGCUUAGGGAUAGGGUUACAUCAGGAGCUAUGGUUAGAUAUAGGGUUACAUCUGGAGCUAGGGUUAGGGUUAGGGAUAGGGUUACAUAUGGAGCUAGGGUUAGGGAUAGGGUUACAUCUGGAGCUAGGGUUAGGGAUAUGGUUACAUCUGGAGCUAGGGUUAGGGAUAGGGUUACAUCUGGAGCUAGGGUUACAUCUGGAGCUAGGGUUAGGGAUAUGGUUACAUCUGGAGUUAGGGUUAGGGAUAGGGUUACAUCUGGAGCUAGGGUUAGGGAUAGGGUUACAUCUGGAGCUAGGGUUAGGGAUAGGGUUACAUCUGUAGCUAGGGUUAGGGAUAGGGUUACAUCUGGAGCUAGGGUUAGGGAUAGGGUUACAUCUGGAGCUAGGGUUAGGGAUAGGGCUACAUCUGGAGCUAGGGUUAGGGAUAGGGUUACAUCUGGAGCUAGGGUUAGGGAUAGGGUUACAUCUGGAGCUAGGGUUCGGGAUAGGGUUACAUCUGGAGCUAGGGUUAGGGAUAAGGUUACAUCUGGAGCUAGGGCUAGGGUUAGGGAUAGAGUUACAUCUGGAGCUAGGGUUAGGGAUAGGGUUACAUCUGGAGCUAGGGUUAGGGAUAGGGUUACAUCUGGAGCUAGGGUUAGGGAUAGGGUUACAUCUGGAGCUAGGGUUAGGGAUAGGGCUACAUCUGGAGCUAGGGUUAUGGAUAGGGUUACAUCUGGAGCUAGGGUUAGGGAUAGGGCUACAUCUGGAGCUAGGGUUAGGGAUAGGGCUACAUCUGGAGCUAGGGUUAGGGAUAGGGUUACAUCUGGAGCUAGGGUUAGGGAUAAGGUUACAUCUGGAGCUAGGGCUAGGGAUAGAGUUACAUCUGGAGCUAGGGUUAGGGAUAGAGUUACAUCUGGAGCUAGGGUUAGGGAUAGGGUUACAUCUGGAGCUAGGGUUAGGGAUAGGGUUACAUCUGGAGCUAGGGUUAGGGAUAGGGUUACAUCUGGAGCUAGGGUUAGGGAUAGGGCUACAUCUGGAGCUAGGGUUAUGGAUAGGGUUACAUCUGGAGCUAGGGUUAGGGAUAGGGCUACAUCUGGAGCUAGGGUUAGGGAUAGGGCUACAUCUGGAGCUAGGGUUAGGGAUAGGGUUACAUCUGGAGCUAGGGUUAGGGAUAGGGCUAUAUCUGGAGCUAGGGUUAGGGAUAGGGCUAUAUCUGGAGCUAGGGUUAGGGAUAGGGCUACAUCUGGAGCUAGGGUUAGGGAUAGGGUUACAUCUGGAGCUAGGGUUAGGGAUAGGGCUAUAUCUGGAGCUAGGGUUAGGGAUAGGGCUAUAUCUGGAGCUAGGGUUAGGGAUAGGGCUAUAUCUGGAGCUAGGGUUAGGAUUGUGGUCAGUAUCAAUGUAUUUGUAUCGUGUUCCUAUCUUUGCCACUGUUUCUUGGACUGAAUGGUUCUAUUCAAGUGUAAUCCUUCUUUACACCCAUCCACCUACACUGCUCUGUUUACCUGUAGAGACAGGGGCCCCUCCAGUGAAGCAGACUGCCUCUUUCAAGAUCAAAGAUGCCAAGUGCCACCUGCACCCCAAGCUGACGGGCCGGGCCGAGGACAGGGGCCGAGCGCUGGGGCCAGGUGAGGGGCCACAUCCGGCCUACAUGCCAGACCUUGGUAAUGAUGGCCUUACAGAAAGACCUGCAUUAUUUUUCUCUGUAUGUCUUAUAUUCAGUAUGUGCAUAUCAAGCAGCACAUUUGGGGGUUUGUGGGCUGUUAUGUACGCUACAUAGCAACUAUCAAUGUGAUUGUGCCUUGAAGCCAGUAAUCUGUCUAAUAUGCUGUUGUUAACAGACCAGUGCUCCCCUAACUAACCCAUGAAAGACCUCAAAUGGAUCCUAAUUCCUGACACAAGGUAACAUUUAUGCCCCUAGGAGGUGGACAGCCCUGCAAUAAUUGCCUGGUGACGUUUGUCAACCUCAAAUGUGACUCUACCAAGAAGACCAAAGGGCGUCGUGCCCGCAACCCCACCAACAAGGAAGUGACACGCAUCACCCUUGAGUUAGAGGCGGAGGUCAAGCCAGGGGACACCACAGGUCAGUCUGUCUGUACACCAUUACUGGGAUUUACAAGAUGUCCUCUUUGAUAUACCUCCUUGCCACUGUGCUGCUGCUUGCUCUUUGUGGGUCUGGGCCGGGUUAAGCACUUGAUGCAAAAAAGGCUUUAUAAAUAUAUUUUGAUUGAUUGAUUGAUCUGCUGGCACAGUUACAGAUAAUAUUGCCCUGUACUGCCCCUUCUCCCCCAUAGGGAGCUGUAACCUGAGUUGCCUGCGCCAGCGCAUGGAAAAGCAAGUGAAGACGUACAUCAAGGCCCUGAAGAAGUCGAUCAACCAGGACCGUUUCCUGAUCCGCGUGGCUGGGCUGGAGUAUGAGGUGGCCCAGAAGCUGCCCCAGGUCGCCUCAGGCCAUGAGAACUGUGGGCCAGGCCGUGAGAAGGAUAGCGGACACUGUGGUAAGAACAGUUAGUCAGACAUCUUUCUCUGUCACUAGUUACCACCACCAGACUCUGCCUGAAACUGAUAUAAUGCUAAUAUAACAGAUGUUAUAAACAGUCAAGACAAUGUCAUGACACAAACCAUAAGCUGACAUCCGUUGUCAUGACUAUUUAUGACUCUUAUGUAUUUAUGUACUGAAUACACAAACAUCUCCUGAGCUGUGUUAGUUAGUUUGGAGCCAGGAGUGUUUGGUGUCAGUGUAUGUACUGGUCUGUAUAGCUCUCUCACCAGAGACCCCCUGGCUAUUCUCUCAGUCAGAUGUUUGCCGGGAUCAUACUACCACGGGGAACAGGAGCGCUGCGUCCAGUGCCCACCUGGCACCUUCCAGGAGAGGGAGGGGCAGCUGGCCUGUGACCUGUGCCCUGGAAGUGACGGGCAUGGACCUGCCGGGGCACGCAACAUCUCCUCCUGCGCAGGUACAUACACACCCCUUAUGGCAGAGCGCACUAAUGUCCAUGUCUGCAUGUGCCAACAUUGUGCAAUAGCCUAUAGUGGAGUGUAGCACAGUGUACUGUACAUCUCUAUCUGACUGAAAAUGUUUAUUGUCACUGUUGUCUACAUCAAGGUCAGUGCCCUACUGGGUACUACUCCAGUGAUGGGUUUAAACCAUGCCAGCCAUGCCCGUAUGGCUCCUACCAGCCAGACCUGGGACGGACCCUAUGCUUCCCCUGCGGAGGGGGGCUGAGCACCAAGCGGGAGGGGGCCAGCUCCUUCCACGACUGUGAGGUCAAAGGUCAGUGGUUUAUCCAACCAGUUACAUCAUAUUUAUUUAACCUUUAACUAGGCAAGUCAAUUAAGAACAAAUUCUUAUUUACUAUGAUGGCCUACCAAGAGGCAAAAGGCCUCCUGUGGGGACCGGUGAUUAAAAUGAAAAAUGUAGGACAAAACACACAUCACCACAAGAGAGAUCCUCAGAUUUGUGCAAUUGGUUCAAUAUUUAAUCUCAGAUCUGGUUUGUAAAUGUGUGUAUGCGUCGUCCCUCUCCUCUCUGCAGUUCAGUGCUCCCCUGGCCACUACUACAACACUACGGUGCACCGGUGUAUUCGUUGCCCUCUGGGCACCUACCAGACAGAGUUCAGACAGAACUAUUGCAUCACCUGUCCUGGCAACACCACUACAGACUUUGAUGGGGCCACCAGUGUCUCUCAGUGCAAGAGUAAGGGCCUGAUUGUAUAAACCUGCUAUCUGCAUACAGGAUGCAUUUUCAAAAGGAAAAUCUUUCACUUUUGGACUUUCAAAAGGUCCAUGCCUUUUCUCAGAAUAUAAAAUUCAAAAUACAGGAUGCAUAAAUUAUCAAAAUGUAUCCGAAAUCCCCACCUGACUAAUUGAAAAAUGUUUCAUUUAUCCAGCCAAAUGAAAAUCUAUUUUAUUUUUUAAAUAUUGUCUCUCUUUCCAAGGCUCCAGAUGGAUUCACUAAUAAUGUGCAUUUUUGUGUGUAUAUGUUAGACCGAGAAUGCGGAGGAGAGAUGGGCGAGUUCACAGGUUACAUUGAGUCCCCCAACUACCCCGGGAACUACCCAGCUAACGUGGAAUGCAUCUGGAACAUCAACCCGCCCAGCAAGCGCAAGAUCCUCAUCGUGGUGCCUGAGAUCUUCCUGCCCUCAGAGGAUGAGUGUGGAGACGUACUGGUUAUGAGGAAGAACUGUGAGAACCUCUCAUAUAUCCCAGCACGUGUUUGAUACCAUUCCAUUUGAUCCAGACAUUAUUAUGAGCCGUCCUCCCCUGACCAGCCUCCUCUAUAAACCAGUGUGGUGUUCCACAACCAUAAUAUAAAUCCAAUAUGCCAAGUUAGAGUAUUUAGUCAAUCUUCUCUGUCUUUCAUGUCCGUUCUUCCAGGGUCGGCCACGUCCAUCACCACCUAUGAGACGUGUCAGACGUAUGAGCGACCCAUCGCCUUCACCGCCCGCUCCCGCAGACUCUGGAUCAACUUCAAGUCCAACGAGGCUAACAGUGCCCGAGGCUUCCAGAUCCCCUAUGUUACUUAUGACGGUAAACUCUCACCCACCACAUGAACUCUCAAUGAUGAAACAGAGUGGGUAAGUCCUCCGAUUCUGAGAUGUUUGGUGUUUAAUGUAUCAUGUUUUUUUGUGUAUUUACAGAGGAUUAUGAACAGCUUGUAGAGGACAUUGUCAGGGAUGGACGACUCUAUGCCUCUGAAAACCAUCAAGAAAUCCUAAAGGUUAGUGCCUGUUGCUAAGAUACGUACUACUGCAUCCCUCCGUGGGUCAUGUUCAUGUUCAAGUCAGGUAUUCUCUGAAUAAAUAAUUGUAUACUUGUCAUAUAAUUGUUUAAGUGUGCUGUGUUGUUGUCUUCUUCCUAUCAGGAUAAAAAGCUGAUUAAAACUCUCUUCGACGUGCUGGCCCACCCAAACAACUACUUCAAGUACACCACUCGGGAGUCCAACGAGAUGCUGCCGCGCUCCUUCAUACGCCUCAUAAGCAGCAAAGUCUCCGGCUUCUUGCGACCAUAUAAGUAG